UGAUUGUAGUCCACUCCACUCCUCAUGUUAGGGAGGAACGCAGCAGUUCCUGAAACAAACAUGAUAACCGCUAAACACAUAAACAUCGAAAGUUUAACGUGGACAGUUGAAUGAUUAGCCACUGAAAAUAUGGAGCACAUUAUAACGCCAAAGGUGGAGUAUGUGAAACUACUGAAUAGGUACGCUGAAAAGAAGUCAGUUCUGGGAACUCUUUAUUUGACUGCUACUCACCUUAUCUAUGUGGAACAAACCAACAACACACGCAAAGAAACAUGGGUGCUGCAUCAUCACAUCAUGUCGGUAGAGAAGCUUCCAUUAACUGCAUCCGGUUGUCCUCUCCUGAUCCGCUGUAAAACCUUCCAGCUGCUUCAUCUGCUGUUCCAAAGAGAGAGAGAUUGUCAGGAUGUCUAUCCGUCACUUCUGCGUCUGUUUCAACCAGUCAAAGAAGAGGAGCUGUAUGCCUUUCUCUAUAAUCCACACCAAAAUGAAGAGGACAGGAGACAGGGUUGGGAAUUCAUCAAUGUGGCAAACGACUUCAGCAGGAUGGGUCUCUCCAAUGAUUAUUGGGAAAUCAGCCACCUCAACAAAGACUACGAGAUCUGUAGCACUUAUCCAUCUAUCCUAGGACUCCCUAAAAAUGUCAGUGUUGCUACGGUAACGGGCAGCGCAAAGUUUAGGAGCCGCGGGCGAUUGCCUGUUCUGUCUUACUUUCACAAAGACACAAAGGCUGCGAUCUGUCGCUGCAGUCAGCCUUUGUCGGGUUUGACUUCUCGCUGUGUGGAAGACGAGCAGAUGCUUCAGGCCAUCAGCCAAGCGAACCCCAACUGCCCUUUUAUAUAUGUAGUGGACACACGGCCUAAGUUGAACGCAAUGGCGAACCGCGCAGCUGGUAAAGGCUAUGAGAAUGAGGACAACUACUCCAAUAUCAGGUUCCAAUUCCAAGGAAUCGAAAACAUCCACGUCAUGAGAAACAGCCUACAAAAAUUGCUGGAGGUGUGCUCUGUGAAGUCUCCUUCCAUGAGUGACUAUCUGACAGGUCUGGAAAACUCUGGCUGGCUGAGGCACAUCAAAUCUGUGAUGGAUGCAGGCGUGUUCCUCGCCAAGGCUGUCUGUGAAGAGAGGGCAAGUGUGUUAGUGCAUUGUUCUGAUGGUUGGGACAGAACGGCUCAGGUGUGCUCUUUGUCUUGCAUACUGCUGGACCCAUACUACAGAACCAUUAAAGGCCUCAUGGUUUUAAUAGAAAAGGAGUGGAUCUCUAUUGGUCAUAAAUUCAGUCACAGGUGUGGCCAUCUGGACACCGACCCCAAGGAAGUGUCUCCGGUCUUCACCCAAUUCCUGGAGUGUGUGUGGCAGCUGUCAGAACAGUUCCCUUGUGUGUUUGAGUUCAAUGAACGUUACCUAAUAGAAAUACACAAUCAAGUCUAUGCCUGCCAGUAUGGAAACUUCAUCGGCAACUGCCAGAAAGAGAGGCUGGAAAUGAGGUUGCAUGAAAAGACGUUUUCAUUGUGGCCACAUCUUUUGAAGAACCAGCAUCUGUAUCGAAACCCUUUGUACCGGCGUUCAUUAGAGUGCACAGUUCUCAGACCCAGCACUUUACCACUGCACUUCAAGUUCUGGUGUGGGAUGUAUAAUUACUAUGACGGAGGCAUGCACCCAAAACAGUCUGUUCUAGACCAGCUGCUGUCCCUCACACAGAAGCAGGUAGAAGGAGAGAGAACCAUGACUGAAUUACAGAGACAGCUGGCUGUUGCAGAUGGAGUUCUCCCUGAUCCAUCUGGACCAAUCGACACACCUGCGGAACAGGACAGUCCACGUGAGGUGACUCCCACCACUCCUGUUGACCAAUCAAAUGGAAGCUGCGCUCCUUUGAUUAAUGGAGACGCAGAGGAGGCGGGUCCAGGAGCUGAAAAGUGCACUGAGAAAGAAGGGGCGGAGCCAGCAGCCACCGAACACGAUCUGACCUCCUCUAAGGACAAACCUGUUUCUGUGGAAACCGAACAUUCCAAAGAGGAGGUACAAGAAUCCUCUUGAGUCUCCAUAGUUACAGAACAGACAUUUUGACUGAGACCCCAAAGAACAAAUGUCCGGAUUUUUGAAAAGAUGCAUGCAGUACUGUGUCCACAACUGAAGCUACUGUAAUGCAAAAAAAA